AUGUCACAAUCAGAAUAUGCAAUUGAGACCACAAAUCUCACAUACGUUUUCGGCAAUAAGAGAAGGGGAUUGGAGGAUAUCUCUCUCCAAAUUCCAUGGGGCAAAACAAACUUGUUGGUAGGCCCCAAUGGAGCAGGCAAGUCGACAUUGCUCAAAAUUUUGGCGGGAAAAACCUUAAUCAAACAAGGGAAGCUUCGAAUUGGUGGAUUUGAUCCCUUUGAGUUUUCGAUCAACAGGAACAGCCACGAGAACGCAGACAUCAACAACUAUAUAUCAUACUUGGGGACAGAAUGGGCAAAUAACGAAGUGGUAAAGAGAGAUAUUCCUGUGAAGCUCCUUAUUUCUUCGAUUGGUGGAGAGAUUUAUCAGGACAGAAGAGAUGAGCUCAUCCGUAUUCUUGACUUAGACCCAGAUUGGUCCAUGGCAUACAUUUCUGACGGAGAACGCAGGAGAGUCCAGUUGGUGAUGGGCCUUCUCAAGCCAUGGAAGUUGCUUUUGCUUGAUGAAGUGACCGUUGAUCUUGAUGUUAUUGUGAGACAGAACCUUCUAAACUUUUUGAAGAAGGAGUGCCGUGAACGGAACUGUUGCGUUAUCUACGCUACGCACAUUUUUGAUGGGUUGGGAAGAAACUGGUGUGACAGAGUCAUUCACCUUAAUGAGGGCCGCAAAACGGACGAUAUCGAUAUCAGUAAAAUCAAUUUCGAGAAGGAUAUCGAUGGUGUGAAGAUACACACGAACGCUAGUAAAGAGGUUGAAAUGAUCGAUGUGGCCUUAGCAGAGUCUCUUCACCCAUUGGUUUUGCAGUGGCUCAAGGAUGACUUAACCAUCAGGGGUUCCCGUGAAGAAGAGCAAGCCAGGAUCAGGCACAAAUUGAAUGGCUGGGACAACGCCAGAGACGGUCAUUAUUUCGAUAAGGAUGCGAAGGUCAAGGACUAUUUCAAGGCUACGAGAAGCAAGCAGGACUGA